AUGAAUCAAUCACCGACAACCACAGCAGUGACCAGUAGCCAUUCGGACUCUUCACCCCAUUCCAUUCUCAACAACAAGGGUUCUGAAAAUCAACAACAAUCCUCUGCAACCACAACUUUACAUCAAGGGUCCCCCAUUCAUCAUCAUCAUCAUCCUCAGGAUGGUGAAUCUCAACAAGAAGAUUUAUCUGUUUUAUUGGCAGCGAAACAACAAAAGCUCUCACAAUGGUCCUCCUCCAUUGGAGAUAAAUUAGGAGGAAUGGGUAACGUUCCAAAUCAUGUUUAUCCAUUAGGGAGCAAUAAUAGUAGGACCAAUACGGAGCAGCAAAAUACAACGUUGGUUACUACUAACGCGCCAACCAUUAGUAAUACGGGUUCUCAUAAUGGUGGCGCAACACUGGUGGGCACGAAUAGUGCUAGUACUAAUUUUCCUCAAAAUGCGGCGACAUCCCAACCAAGUGCCACAGGUCAAUUUCACAAAGUUUCAACUUCUCCAUCCACUCCAAUCAACACAAUGAGUAACAACCACAUGUUGGCACUUUCCACACAAAACAUGCAUGUAUCUUCACAAGACGGUGCUUUUGAUCAAAUGAUGAUGGUGACAAAUGCCCCAAAUCAAAUGCCCCAUCCAUCAACAAGCAUCAACCAUCGACAGAAUAGUUGUAGUAACGGUGGUACAAUGAUGACAUCAAAAAGAAGCUCAAGCAGUCUUUCGUCCUUGUGCACUUCUCAACAACAAUUCUCACAUGAAGUAACACUGCCGCCACCAUCGCUGAACUCAAACCCCUCUCAUUCAUCUCCUCCUCCUCCUAAUUUAUCCUCUACUAGUACUACUUUAUACUAUCCACCACCGUCGCAGCCAUCUUCGAGUUCAUCCUCUUCACAGAAUCUUCAACAUAUGUUUUCGUCGAACAGUGGAAAUCAUCCAAACAAGAACAUUGCAACUACCACUACCACCAACAACAACAAUAAUUCGUCGUCGUAUUCAUCAUCGUCUGCCACUCCACCACCACCAUCUGUCCCAUUCAAUCAUCUUCAUCGCUCUUCGCCUUUUCACCACCAUCAUCACCAGCAUGAAAUGCCAUCUCCUUCAGAUCCUUAUGAAAUGGUCAACUCAUCAUCGAGUAGUAACGAAAAAUUACCAAGUCUGCAUUCUUUGAUGGAACAACACGCACCAUCAACAGCAGAUACUCCCAUCAAAAACUCCUCUUCACAGCAGCAGCCAAUCCCAACCAGAGCAAGCAAUCACCACCACCACAUGUCUCCCACCACCUCUCACCAUGGUGCAUCGUCCCAUCACUAUCACCACUCUGCUGCACAACAUGGAACCUCAAACAUGCGUGUACCCUAUAAUAGUUCCUCCAUGCCACAUGCAACCACAAAUUCACAACCGGUUCCUUACCAUGUGGAUUCUUUGCAUUCCUACGGAAGCAGUAACAAGGCAUCUCAUCACAUGGACAUGUAUCCAAGUGUGCAGCAGCCUACCGCAUCUUCCUCUCAUCCUUCCACACAACAUUUUCCAAUUCGCCACUCACAACAGUCAUCCUGGAGUCAUGGAAGUGAAGCAGGUUCUCACAACAUGUAUCCUCCUGGAGUGGCUUCAGCCUCUUCUACUUCUUCUUCGAGAAAAGUAAGAUCUGGAAGUGGUGCAUCCGGAGUUGUUGCUGCUGCUUCUCGUGAGAAUGAAACACCACAAUCAUCUUCCAACUAUACUUUUGAACAUCCAGUGAAAAUCAAUACUCACCAAAAGAAGAAGGCAAAAGAAAGUACUGAUGACUACAAUGAAGAUAAGAAAAAUUGGAAAAAGAAGAGAUUAUUUAGCUUGGAUGAAGUCACAGAUUUAGUUGCUUUCGUUAAGCAACGAUCUGACAGUCAAGAAUUGGCGCGAGAUGUCAAUUAUGCCAUUUUCAAAGAGUACGAAAAAUUACAAGGUGAAAGAAGAAGAGCAAGUGUCUACAGAAAGAAAUACGUUCAACUAUUUGAGAGAAAUUUAAUUGGAAAGGAUGGAACCAUUGAUCCAUCACUCUUUCAAGAGUAUGAUCAAAGAUCGUAUCCAAAGAUUUCAAGCAAAUCGUACGCUUCUGAGGAUGUACCUUCUAAGGAAGAAAGUACAAAGAGAAAGUACGAUGAAGAAUCAUUUUCUGAAUCUGACGAUAGUUUAGAUGAGGAGAAGAAAGGAGGAGGUUCAGACUCUCCAGUGCAUGUACCUUCAACAGCAAGCUACAAACGAGCUAAAUCAGACACUAAGAAUGUCAUGGAAGAGAAUACCAAUUAUGAAGAAUCUGAAAAGGAUUCGACACCUACCACUCGAACAUCUUCUGAAAUGCAACAUGAUUCUAAAAUUACCAUUUGUGUCUCAUUGAACGGAAGAAAUUAUUUACACAUUUUGGAGAGAGAUUCAUUCAAAAGCACUGAACAAUUAUUUGUUCACUUUAAUGAACAAUCAUACUCAUCUCUGAGAGGUUUAUCAACCACAAGCAACACUUCUGUUGAGGACGAGAAUAAUCAAGCUCCCACUGAUCACCUUCAACUUCAAACCAUUGAUUAUUUCGAUAAUGCAUUUCAAGAAUGGAUUGAAGUGAAUUCGCUAUCGAUUCAGCGAGUGCUAGGAACACAUCCAAUAAAGCUACGCCUAAACAUUGCGUAA